AUGGUUUUAACCGGAGUAACAUCAAAAGCAAUUCGAAAAGGAGAUGCGGAACCUCCGCUAUCAAAGGGAUCUUUUCGUGUCUACAACAUGAGAUUCUGUCCAUGGGCUGAAAGAGCAAUGCUUUAUGUUGCAGCUAAAGGAAUUGAAGCGGAGGUAGUCAAUCUCAACGUAACUGACAAACUUGAAUGGUACUGGACAAAACAUUAUCAGGGAAAGGCUCCAGCAGUAGAGCACAAUGGAAAAGUGGUCAUUGAGUCUGGAUUUAUUCCUGAAUAUUUGGAUGAUGCAUUUCCAGAAACUCGUAUUCUUCCAACUGACCCGUACGAAAAGGUGCAACAAAAGCUGCUAGCGGACAGGUUAACUGCGGUAGCCCAUGCAGUUCCAUUGCUCUUCGCCGUCAUGCGAGACCGAACUUUGAAAGAUGAAAAGCAGCGAAAAGUUUUUGAAGUUUUGAAACAAGCUGAAAAUCUCUUGGCCAAUGAUUUUUAUGCUGGAUCUCAACCAGGUUAUCCAGACUACUUAUCAUUUCCAUUUUUUGAGAAAAUUUGGUGGUCAGCUAGUUUGGAUGGAGUUGUCGAUUUACCAACAAUUGAAUUCCCAGGAGAAGAAGAAUAUCCUAAAUUGACAAAAUGGUUCCAGAAAAUGAUUUCUUCAGAUGUUGUUCAAUCCGUCACCCAAUCUUUGGAACAUGGCGCUGCAUUCAUGAACGCAUAUGCCACGCACCAGGAAUUGAAUUAUGAUUUGGGCCUUUGAUAUUAAAACCAGUCGAUUUAUUUUUAAGAUUGAAUAAAAAAUGAAGGACGUAA